GUGUAUUUGGCUGGAUUCUGACUUCAGGCGGGUAAGUAGUGCUAACAGAAGACCAUUUAAGGACAGUCUUUGCUAAAUAAAUCCUCAGUGGCAGCUUUGAACCAAUCUGAAGGCAUUCUUUACCCUUUUACUUUCAUCAAACCGGUCUGUGCAGAGUGGAGAUUAACUUUAACUGGCUGUUUUCAAAUUUCAAACUGUGAGGAAUGUUUCCUGCCACUUUGUGUGUCCUCUUGCAGGGUUACGAACCUACCAUCUUGUACCCGAAGAGGCCAAACAAACCUCUGUUCCAGGGCCUGACCACACAGUGCCAGAAAAUGGAGAUCCCCUUCCUGACUGAGAUGCCUGAGGCUGAAGUGAUUGACGAGGCUUACAACCUGGUGAUUGAUGCCAUCUUUGGCUUCAGCUUUAAGGGGGCUGUGCGAGAGCCUUUUGGUUCCAUCCUAGACGUGCUGAAGAAGACGACAGCCCCCAUAGCCAGCAUCGACAUCCCCUCAGGUCAGUCCUCGCAUCCUCGGCACUUCUCAAGGAGAAGAAUCAGGAUUUUCACUAAAGAAAAAUGUACUUCCUACUGAAUUUGGAUCUUCUAGAA